GCGAGUGUCUGUCCGCGGCAUUGGCCUGUCGCCGGCCGGAUUCUCUUUUCUGCUCCCGAUAGCAAUAUAUGGGCUCCGGGUGCAGGUUCUGGGCCUGAGUGUCGCUAUUGGCCACAUUGCGCUAGCAUGCAGCUGUUCACGGCCAUUUCUGAGAAUGCACCUCGGCUCUUUAGUGGUCAGUCGGUCACAAAGCCACAAAAAAUCGACGCCGUCUCGAAACGAGUCCAAAGGUCUUUCUUAUUGGCAGAUCGCUCUAGAUCUCCUGCUUAGGUGGGUCCCAGAGACACUCAUAAGUAUCGAUGACUUCUCGAUGGACCAAAUGCACGCUCAUUCGGCCCGCAUGCGGUUUUCUAAAGGACGUGUCUAUAGACUCUCGAUUUUGGUUUCGAGGGUGGAAUACGCCGACUCGCGCUUUAACGUGGGGGUCUCGAACAUCAGUUUUAGUGGGGUAAUGCAUAUAGAGCACAGAACGCUGCAUUUCAGCGGCAACCUUGUCGCAGGGGCCACCACUGUCUCGCCAAGCGGAUCGGUGCCACCUGUCGUCGUCUCUGCGGUCAAAGUUCUCUUUCAGGGGGGCUCUCUGCAUGCAUCCGUGAACGAAAUCUACGCAAGAGAUAUUCUCACUAUCCCCCACCUCACCUACUCGCUCAGCCCAGCAAACGGCUCACAGCUUGAAAUGGCCGCUAUCGACGCCAACGUCUCCCUGCCGCUCGUAUUUGCACUGCUGGACCUGUUCGUGCCGCUUAAGAGCUCCUCCCAAAACUCUUCCUCCGGCUCUGCCUGGCCCUCUGUUAUUGUCACCAGCAGCACCAUUGUGCUCCGCUUAGCCAGUUUCGACCUGCGCGUGCACAGCCAGGAUUUGGUUUUUUCUGCCACCGCUGCUACCAUCGGCAACUUUCGGCUGGAAAUUAUGCGGCACGGCCGGUGGACGCGGCUGCUGAGCGUCCAGGACGUGUCUAUGGAUGACAGUUUGGAAGCCAGUGUUGCGUUUGCCAAGCUUUCUCUGCCCCACGGGUUCCUUAUCUAUGAGCUGUUUGAUAGCGCUUCCAACACUGCCAAAAGCCUGCAGCAGCACGUACACACGCUGCGCACAGGCCGCGACGAGCUGGUUAUUGCGCCCCAUGCACGCAAACCGGUGAAUUUGCCCGAUAUACGUAUCCGCGCAGGGAUUGUGGCGGUGUGUUUCGAGAACGACCCAUUCGAAUCCGAGCUCGGCAUGAUAUACCAGCUGGGCAGGGUCGAGCAGCGGUCGCGGCUGCAGAAGUGGGGGUUGUUGGGGGAUGGCGAAUGUUUGCAUGUCCUGAACGAGCACAUCUCAUCGUCCUGGAUCCGGCUUGUGCACGAGUACCGCACAAAACUGGAAGCUACCAUAGAGCGCAACGCGCAGUUUCUUGAAGGCCACGGCCAUCAGCAUGCCAGCACGAACGCUCCUGUGAUGUCAUUGUACCUGGAGGAAGUAGAUCUAAAGGUUGGUGCCCCACAUAUGGAAGAGACGCUUCCAGCCUACAUUGAGCGCGUGGGCAAGGGCAUGCCGCGCGACAUGGAGUACACGACCCUGAUUCCGGCGUAUGUGGAUCUUUCCGUGGGGCAGGUGCGCGCGCACCUGCUUGAUCUGCCGCUGCCACUGGCGUGGGUGCCGUGGGGCAAACCAGCGGGUCUGCGUGUGUGUGGCAACGUGGUGCUUCUGGAACAGCUUGGCGGCAACUGGCGGUGGUGCGACGUGGACGUGGGGGGUAGCAAGUCUGUGCGUGUUCCUCGCACCAUGGCCGCCAUGAAGACGCUUGCAGAACUCACAGCCACCGUGCUGACCGACAAGCCCGUCAUCCUUACGUGGGGGGCCUCGAUCCAACCUGUCCUGCGCCAGCUGUCACUCUGCUUCGACAGUUUCAGCAAGCCCAGAAUAGACCCGAGCCCAAAACUCGGCAUUUGGGACAAGCUGCGUCUCAUUGCGCACGGCCACGUCGACCUUGUGUGGGCCACCGAGGCCGGGUUACAGAUUAACAUUAAGGGCUCGAUGGACCCGUACAAACUGCACGGGGCCGCGGCUGGGUUCGCAUUUGUGUUCCGCAAAAAAGUGCGGCUGGAGUUGAACAAUCCACGCAAUGCACCUUGCGACUUUGCCGUUGUGCGCGCAAGCGAAACAAUGUUUGGAGUGCCUGACCAUCUGGGCACCCUGCCUUGUUGGUGCAGUGCACACCCCGUGUACCUUGGCCAAAAACUGCAAAAUCCGCUCUCUGUCUCCACCUUUGGCUACUACCUAAACGAACGCAUUUUCUCGCCAUUCCCCCCACGCACAUCGCUCAAGCGAGCUGUUUCACUGGGCGGUGAGGUCGAGUUCAAGUUGUCGUUCAAAUUUGAGCGCUCCAAAACUACAUCCAUCCCCCACUAUGCUGUCUCUAUGGUGCUUCCUCCACAACCUCCCAACCACGACUCCUACGCAGGCUUCCGCACAGACACAAUCCACAUGGGCAUCCACUUGGCAACCAGGUGCUCCUCCAAUUCUGUGCACGUGACCCCGGUCACGUUCUCUUUUUUCACGAAAUGGUUCAAGCUCUUCAGCAGCGGCUUGUCGCUGCCUAUUCGCAAUGGCCCGAUUUUCGGCACAAAGCCAGAAUCCGUCAAGUUUGCCUCGCAUCUCGCAUCUUUUUCCUACGACUUUAACGUCCACCCGCUGUACAUUUUCCACGGCUACCGUCUCGACCUGGACGACCCAGAAAACAAAUGUGCUCUUGGCUUUAAAGCCAAGAUGGAGGACCUUCGACUGCAGCUACAUCAGCGCAAAAAGCCGGUAAUGCUCAAAAAUGAACAUCUCAACAGGCAGGUCAAAUUGAUGCAGAUGGGUUUCGAUACCGGCGAAGUUCGUUUUUGCAACGUAGACGUGCGUGUGGUGGCUGCAGAGGAGCUAAAAUCUGGCCAUGACAAGUAUCCUGCUGCUGCUGAACAGUGGUUUGACCGCCGGGACUUUGAAGAGCAGGACAUGCAGGCUCUAGGGGCCGUUUCCGCAGAGUACUUGCAUUUAUUCCACUGCGAGGAGAUGGCUUAUCUUCUCGACCACGACUCUGCCAAGUUCCGCAACGUCGUCAAGGCAACACGCCCGCUGGCAAAAUGGAACUGUGCCGUGCGCAACCGCGUGUUUCAGUACCUACAGCGGAUUGAGUUCCGGCACUCGUACUCGUACUACCGCAGCUACCAGGCAUUCCGCACGGCGCGGGCGUCAUGGGCCCAGGAGCCGGCCGAAACGGCGUCACAUGACGACGUGAGCUUUGCAGACCGCAGCUUGCGAAUUGACACUUUUGAGAGUGAUUUGCGGGCCGUGGAACGCUCGUCACGGAGGCUGGUGACGUGCGACGAUUUUGAGGUGCUGAUCAGCGAGCCUCAGAUCCAGCUCAUUGAGAACGACGCGGCGGACUAUUUUGUGCUUUUGAGCACGCCACAGAUCGCUGUGAGUGUCGUCAGCGUGAACGACGGCAACCAGCUGGACGAUGUGGGCUCGCGGCCGUUGGCGACGCGAUUCGGGUCGGUUCUGGAGAAUACGGACAUUUUUCUGAUCGAUCGGUCUGUCGACGCAAAAGACGCGAUAGUUUACGGUGACAGUCCGCACUGGCCUGUGUUUCUGCCCCAGCCGCCUGCAAAAUACAAGAUUCUGUCGCGGACGGCUAUGGUGUUGCGUCUCGACCGCUCGAGCAGCUUCGGCGGCGACGAUCGACGCAACGUAUUCAUGUUCAACAUGGCUCGGCUCGAGACUCGGCUCGACUCGGCGCAGGCGCGCGCUCUGUACUCGCUUGUGGCAACGCUGCUGCUGUAUUCCGAGCCGCGGUCGAAGGAGCUAGACGCUGCGGUCCAGGAGAUGGUGAUGGUGGCCGAUUUCAGCGACCUGGACGCUGUGUUCGGCCAAAUCGCCGACUUGUCGCGCAAACUGGCGUACUUGCCCGAGCCGUCGCCGCUGCGCAGCCGGCUGCUGGUCGAUCUGUACACGCGGAUGCGUGUUUUACUGAAAGGCGGCGGGACGCGGGACGACGAGGUGGAGUGGAUUCUACAGGUGGGGACGAUCAAGAUGGACAUGGUGGAGGAACAAACGCCCUUUUUGCGGCUGGAGAUCGCGCAAGGCACGUUCAACAGGAUCGAGCUGGCCGAUGGGGCCACGAAAAACAGGGUGACGGUGGGCACGUUACGGGCAAGAAACAUGGCCGGGGCCUAUUUCCCGCAACUACUUUCGGGCGUCGAAUCGACGGACAUGUUUGACAUUUCGUGGACUAUGGACCGGCCUGUGGGGGGCAUUCGCGUGGUCAAGGAGGUGGACAUCAAAAGCUCUCCAAUCCGACUGGCGUUGGAGGAGACUGUCGGGCAGCGGGUGUUGGAGUACUUUGUAGGCGGGCAGCAGGGCGAGCAGCAGCAGGAGCAAGAACACCUCGAUUCGGCGUCCUCAAAGCUCAUGAUCGUCCGCGCAGGGCGGUACUAUUGGUUCCAGUCGAUCCACAUGGAACCGGUCGUGCUGAUCGUUUCGCUGCGCGGAAAGGGCCUGAAAAAACUGCUCAAUGUGACGGACUUUGAGCUGCUGUUGCCCGCUCUAGACAUCGUCAACAGGCUCUGGGGAAUCGACGACCUGGUGAACUAUCUGAAAAAAUACAUCUGGCAGACAUUAAUGGUGCAUUUCGGCAAGAUCAUAAGACACAAGAUGAAAAGACACUAGCUGAAAUGCACCUGGACGUGGCGUAUUUUCUGAUCGGGCUCGCUUGGCGUCGUGGGUGUGCCCUUUCUCUUGCGCUCUUUCUUGGCCGACGAAUCGAAACUGUCGAUGGCGAGCUUGCUGGAGUCGAAACCGGGCACGCCAUUGACCGAGCUUUUUUCGAACGAAAACAGCGACUUCAGCUGCUCCAAUGGGUACUGCUUGAGCUGGAAGUCGCCCAAGUCCGGGUUUUCUGGCCGGAAAACGAUCGGCGAGAGCGUUCGCUCGGUAGGGAUGGCGUGCUUGCCCGGCAGGUCGGCGAUGUGGUUUUUGUACGACUUGCGGAGCUUGACGCCCUUAGAGCCGUCCGGGUUGACCCUGGCGAGCGACUGCGCGAUGGGACGCAGGCCGUACAGUCGAAUGACGUCUGUAUCGAAAGACGGGCGCACGGGCUCGUAUUUUGUGUCCUGGUGGAUAAAAUAAUGCAUGGAGACGAUCGACGGGAGGCUCUGGCGCCCUUGGGGUCUAUUUCAUGUUUUUUUGUCACGUGACCGAGUCUAGGGCUAGAAAAUUUUUCAAAGUAAAAUAAAAUACUCUCUACGAUAAUCUUUUCACCAACCAUGGCUGCAUCGCUCCCACACCCAAAGAUCGUCAAAAAGCACACCAAGAAGUUCAAGAGACACCACUCGGACAGAUACCACAGAGUGGCCGAGAACUGGAGAAAACAGAAGGGUAUCGACUCCUGUGUCAGAAGAAGAUUCAGAGGCACCAUCAGAGAGCCAAAGAUCGGUUAUGGAUCCAACAAGAAGACCAGACACAUGAUGCCUUCCGGCCACAAGGCUUUCCUGGUGAAGAACGUCAAGGAUCUGGAGUGUCUGAUCAUGCACACCAAGACCUACGCUGCUGAAAUUGCCCACAACGUGUCUGCUAAGAACAGGGUCGAGAUUCUGGCCCGUGCCAAGGCCAUCGGCGUGAAGGUGACCAAUCCUAAGGGCCGUCUGAGUCUUGAGGCAUAGGUAGAGUAAUACAUGAGAAGAGAUUUAGUAGGACUGGCGUUGCCAUUAUUUUAAAAAAGUC